UUAAACAACACACUCGGUAACGAUGAAGAUCCCUUUCUUUAUACUUUCUGUUUUCCUCCCUCUCCUCUCUGCCGUCUCGAAUCAUGGUUCACCGCAAGAUCUGGUACGAUCAUCGUGUGUUCAUGCAAGCUACCCAGGGCUCUGCCUCCUCACACUAUCUUCCUACUCUGGCCCUGCCAACACCCCACGAGACUUAGCCCAGGCCGCCGUCAAAGUGAGCCUCUCCCGUGUCCGCAGAGUGUCUAGCUACUUGACAUCCGCGAGUGUGACAGGGAAGAGCAAGAGGGAACGAGCUGCACUGAGUGACUGUGUGGAGCAGGUAGCCGAAUCAGUGGACGGGUUGAGCAGGACACUGGGUGAGUUGACGCGCUUGAGAGGGGAAACGUUCAGGUUCCAGAUGAGUAAUGCACAGACAUGGACAAGCGCGGCAUUGACAAACGAGGACACAUGCCUCGAUGGGUUUAAAAGAGUUGAUGGGAAGGUGAAAUCUGAUGUGAAGAAGAUGAUCAUGAAUGUGGCUAAGGUUACCAGUAAUGCUCUGUAUAUGAUUAAUAGGCUUGAUGAAAGUCGCCGCAGAAACCAGUUGAAUCCUUGAUGAUCAAUGGAUUUGAUUUAGAUUUCUUACAAAUGUUUAUGUUGUUUUUAAAUCAUGUCGUGAUUGUAAUGUUUGUUUGGUUUCAACAUAUGCA